GACAUACGACACUAGCAAAUUAUACAGCAAAGGCCCAAGUUCAACGUAUGUUGACUUUGUUGUUUUUUUUACGUUGAUCUCGUAUCUUUUUCCCCCUUCAUAGAGUAAAAUACAGAUGUUUGACGAUGAAUGUCGUAUUGGCUGUGAAGCAGUAUGUUGCGAAAAUGAUAGAGGAAAGUGGUCCUGGCAUGAAGGUACUCCUUAUGGACAAAGAAACGAUCAGCUUUGUAACCAUGGUGUAUGCUCAGUCUGAAAUCCUACAGAAAGAAGUCUAUCUUUUUGAAAGAUUAGACUCUGCGAACAGGGAGAUCAUGAAACAUCUACGCUGCAUAUGCUUCAUUAGACCAAAGAGGGAGAAUAUUGAAAUGCUGUGCAAUGAGUUGAGAAAUCCAAAGUAUGCUGUGUACUUCAUCUACUUCAGUAAUGUUGUCAGCAAAAGUGAUGUUAAAUUGCUUGCAGAAGCAGAUGAACAAGAAGUGGUUCGGGAAGUACAGGAGUUCUAUGGAGACUACAUUGCCAUCUGUCCCCAUGUGUUUUCAUUCAAUACAACUGGUACAGCAAGAGGUAUGAGAUGGGAUCCUCCAGUCUUGAACCGUGUUUGUGCUGGACUCACUUCUGUGCUCCUGUCACUCAAGAAAUGUCCCAUGAUCAGAUAUCAGAACUCAUCAGAGAUGGCCAAGAAACUUGCAGAAACUGUCAGGCAAGUGAUAUCCAAAGAUGCAGGUUUAUUUGAUUUCAAGAGAACAGAUGUUGCACCAGUCUUACUCAUCUUAGAUAGAAGAGGAGAUGCAAUCACACCUCUCCUCAACCAAUGGACGUAUGAAGCCAUGGUUCAUGAGCUGCUAGGGAUAAGGAACAAACGUAUUGAUCUCUCAGAUGUACCAGGUAUCUCCAAAGACUUGCAGGAGGUGGUACUUUCAGCAGAACAAGAUGAAUUCUAUGCUAAUAAUCUAUAUAACAACUAUGGAGAGAUCUGCACCAAGAUCAAAGAACUCAUGGAGGAAUUCCAGAAGAAAUCUCAGAGUCAGAAGAAAAUUGAAUCAAUUGCUGACAUGAAGGCGUUUGUUGAGAAUUACCCUCAGUUCAAGAAGAUGUCUGGUACAGUAGCCAAACAUGUAACGGUUGUCCAGGAACUCUCUAGACAGGUCAGGGCAUACAAUCUCUUGGAGGUAUCUGAGGUAGAGCAAGAGUUAGCUUGUCAAUCAGAUCACAAUGAGGCUCUCAAGAGAAUCCGUACAUUACUUGGAAGUGACAAGGUCCGAGAUCUGGACGCUUGCCGGUUAGUCGCCCUCUAUGGUCUAAGAUAUGAGCGUCACACAAACAAUAACUUUGUUGGUCUGAUGGAGAUGUUGAGGAGGAGAGGAGUCAGUGAUAAACAUAGAAUGCUUGUAAAGUCUAUCAUCCAGUAUGGAGGAGAGAAAUCAAGAGGAACUGAUCUCUUUGGUCAAGAUAAUCCUAUGGCAAGGACUAGGAGAUUCUUCAAAGGAUUAAAGGAUGUUGAGAAUAUCUACACACAGCACCGACCACUUAUUUAUGAAACACUUGACCAACUCUUCAAGGGAAAGCUGAAGGAAGGAGCCUAUCCUUAUCUAGGCAGCAGUCAACUCAGAGAUAGACCUCAAGAUGUUGUUGUAUUCAUGAUUGGUGGUAUCACAUAUGAAGAAUGCUUUGCUAUCUACAACUUAAACCGUGCUACACCAGGAAUAAGAGUUAUUCUAGGAGGUACCACAGUACACAACUUUAAAAGCUUCUUAGAGGAAGUCUCAUUGACAGGCUUAGAGUCACCUUACUGAAAAAGGAUUCACAAGACAUUGCUCCAGUAAAACUUGGACUUUAUACAUGCUUUGAGCCUAGCCGUAGACCUUCACAUUCUCUGGAAUCUAUUUAUGAACUACGUGGCAACCAUAGGCAUUUUUAAACUUCCUUUGUAAAUUCAGGCCUUUAUGUGAGAAAGGCAAUUUUGUAAUUGUUGACCAGAACGUGAAAAGGUAGGAGGUGAAUUUAAAAAUAUUCACAUUAUCUGGAAAGCUAGUCAGCAAUAGAUUGUGAUGAAAAUAGUUGUAUGUUAAUUCAAUGCAUCCUCAAAGGAAUGAUUGCUCUCUGAAAGAUUGAAAUCUAAAGCUUUUUUAAUAAAAAAUUGUUGACCUAAAACUAGCAGUUGACUUCGUAACAUGAUAUCUUUGUGGAGAAAACAUUCACAUACACAUUCAUCUAAUUUAGCACUGAAUUUGAAUAGUGACAUUCACUUCUAGGGUAUUUACCAAAAUAUAGAUAAGCUUGAAAUUUUUUGGUCCCACCCAUAGUUAGGGCACUGAUUCAAACCAUGCAUCAAUCAAUAUUUUUGCUCUCAAACGAUUUCCCUUGGCUGAGUAGGUUGUUUGACUGACAUCUUCACAGCUUUGUAAGCUGACCUACAUGUACAUGUAGAUGUUAAAGUAAUAAUUCUGCAAGCUAAUUUUAGAAUUUAAUUUGCUGCUACUGCAAGACCCUCUGUACUGUGAUAGUCCGAUAGGAUACUGUAUAUAUGUGUAAACCAAGACUAGGUUGGGUUCAUAUGUUGGUUUUCAUCAUUGAAAGUUGUACAUUUGACGCCUGUUUACCUGUAAUUUAAAGGGAUGCAUGAAUACCAGUUUGACUUGCUCUUGUGCAAUACUGAAAAGGGAUAGUACUAAUGAUAACUUUUAUUGUAUUAUAUGUUUAUUCUGUUUUGCAUUGAUGUAAAACUUUAUUUUUAUCAGAUGGAGUCAUCAGGUAAAUUCUAAGUCCACUUUGACACAUUCCUUUCAGUCAUAUUGUAAAUUCAUUUAAUACCUGAAUUUAUCCAUCUGAUAAAAAUUCAGUCACUCUUCCAUUGUAUUUUUGUAAUUUUCAGUUAGACAUUGCCCAUUUUGUUUUGCUAUCAUUUUGGCCUUAAUACACUACUACCCACAUGUAGUCUAUUUAAACCCUAAUUUUUACACAAAGACUACACUGGGGUAUGUUGUGUCCACUUCUUGUGCACCACUUCUGGGAGUGGGGAUGAAUGUCACUCCCUCUCCCUUUAUGAAUUGAAGACCCCCCCCCCCUUUUUUUUCUUGUAUUCUCUAAUUUCCUUCUCAAUUUUUUUUUCCAAAUAAAAAUGUCAUUAAUUUUGAAUGGAUAUUUUUAGACCAUUUAAAACAAUUCUGAAACCCUGGAUCUACCCCUGCACCCAUUUCCUUAACAUUCCACCAAGCUAUAAAGCUCCUUUUCACAUGUACAUAAUACAAAUGAAUGCGUUGGAUAUCUCGGAAAAAGUGGAUAAACAGAGAAUGAGGAUGACUGACUGAAACAAGCCUUUAUAGACAGAUAUGUGAUUAGAAAUACAUUAUCACUAAGCAAGUAAAGAUUUUUGUUCAUUCUGUGGUGUUGACACACCAAAUGAAAUUGAAUAUUUUAAAAAUCUCAGAUCUGGCAAUAGAGGAUGCAUAAUUUUUACUCUGCAUUUUAAAGAAACAACUAGUUUUAUUAUCAAAAUUAGAUUUUUAAAAUCUUAUUGUUAGGUCACAAGUACUUCCCUCUAGUUUCAUAUCUGUUGUGAAUAUUAAUAUGCAAGGUUAGUUAUAUUGUUUUUAUAAGUAUAUUGUCAAUAAACAUAAAUCCUCAUGCAAGCUUGAUAGCCUUGUUCUAUGAGUUUGACAAAUAUAUAUCAUUUUCCAUGUUUUUCAUGUUUUUUCCAAAAUUGCCCCCGAAACCCCCCACCCAAACCAGCCGUCUUUGCUCCGUGGGGUCUUCUAGCAUCCAAACGCAUCAAUAUUCAGAAGAUAAAGAAGAUCCAUUGAGAUUGAAUUUUUCGCCCCACCCGCGACUUGGCCAAAUUUGCCAAAAUUGACCAAAAUAUGUUUUUUUAAAAAUUGCCCCCGAAAUUUAUAAAUCCUUUGAAUUAUUACAACAAAACUAAUUGGAAAUUGAUUGGAAAUUGCAAUUGAAAAAUCAGUUUUGAUAAUUGGAAGUUUGUUUGGAAGUUUGCUUUUUGUUGCAAGAAACAUUAAUCAUAUUGAUUGCAAAUGUUCAUUUAACUUCAAGACUUAUGCCUGAUUUUGGCAUAGGAUGUUUUGUUACUGUAGUGCAUCAUAUGGCUACCAAUAUUAUGGCUUACAUGGGAUUUCAAUUUUCUCUUUCGGGGUGGAAUAGGGCAUGGACCAAAUAAGUUAUAAUCAUGGCAAAGAAAUAAGAAUUUUGAUUUGCACUUACUAUUCCACAUUGGUCAUAAUCAGUAUGAGAUAGUACUUGAUGUCAGUCAUAGUGGGUGAAUUUUCAUUAUUUAUAUAUGUAUAUAUAUAUAUAGAGAGAGAGAGAUGUGAAUAUAUUUCUUCUUUUAAAUGAGGCAAAAUUUACUUCCCAAAGAAUAAGAUGAUCACAAAUUACAUAUGGUUAAUAAUCUAUUUUUUUCAUGAAAAAAAUACAACUCACAUCUGCUCUUAUUCUAAAUCUGUUAUUUCUCUUCUCAGUUUAAAUUAUUUCUGAACAUGCACAGUCAAUAAUACUCUGUCUAUAGGUAUUACUGAAGAUUUGACAAUGAUAAGGCCUAGAUAAUGAAUGUUGAUUUUUCUUCUUUUUUUUUUUACUAUUAAACUUUGCAAAUGAGCAUUUAAAACAAGAAGUAACUUGGUAAUUUUGCUUUAAACAAUUUUUAAUCAAUUGUGUUUAUAAAGCAUACGAUUAUGUGCAUUGAGGGACUAGAUUCUUUGCUAACUGAGGUAUUGUGAAAUUAGAGGGGGGGGGGGGCAAAUGACAAUUUUCUUAGAUUUAGCUAUAUUGAUAUGUAUGUGUAAAAGGUGAUUAUUAAAGGGCCUGUCUGGAUCUGCCUUUGAGAUGGUGCUCAGAGCGAUUAUCCCCCAGCACCAGGUGCUUUGAAAUAUGAAUGUUAUUUCUGAUUGUUUAUUGUCUUAAUAAUUUUAAUUCAAUACUGAUAAGAAUUAUGGUGAUGAUGAUGAAGAAGAUGAUGAUUAUUUGUUAACAGUGUUACUAGAUACAGUGGACAUCGGGUCACAUCCAAUCAGCACAAGAUUUUGACCCCCGCUCAUGAAAAACACUGCUUCCGUCCACCACUAAUUUCAAAUGAAAAGAGAUUCAAAACUAACUCCUUGCAAAGAGGAAUUGCUCUUGUGUUUUUAAUCUUGUUUUAUUUGCAUAAUUUAUAUUAAACAUUCUUAUAAUAUUGUAAAUACAAUUUAUGACUUAAGAUCGCAUUGAUUGAUCUAAUAAGUAAGAUCAAUCGUUGCGAUCUUAUUUACUGUGUUAAAAGUCAUAAAUUGUAUUUACAAUAUAAUGAAAUAUCCCCAGAAAGCCUUUGAUAUUCCAUUGUUAAAUUUGAUAAAUAUUAGUUUAUUUUCAAAGAUUUGCUAAUGUCAGAUUGUUAUUACAUUGAUGUUCCUUCAUUUUUCACUAUCUCGGCCUGAAAAAAACUUUGUAAUGCUGUGAAAUAGCCGCCACCACUAAAACAGAUCUAGCUAUUACAUUGUCAAUUAUCAUUAUAUUUAUCAUUGUUAUGAUCAUCAUUAUUGUUUUGUUUUUAUUAUUACAAGUAUCAUCUAUUAUGAUGUUUUACAUAAUACCAUCUAUCUUUGAUCUAUUCUUACAAAAACAAUUGCCAACAGAACACAUUCAAUAUUAUUUCAAAAGUAAUUGUAAAUAGUUACUAUGAAUAAGGUGUAAUAUAACAAAUAAAGUAUAACAGAAGU